AUGAAACACAAACGCACCCCCAUCAUCAUUGAAGACUAUUCCGAUGAUGAAAAUCUCUCACUAGGCCCGCUUGGAAAGAGGCAAAAGAUAACUGGAAUGGCUCCAGAAGCACUUACAUUGGAGUUAUUGAUUCGUGCCGGAGAGGCCUUGAAGGAAGAAGAUAAGCACUCGGAACUGAGAGAAGAGGCCUCAAGAUCAUUCGGGUGUGUCACUCCCACCCAUGAGCACCAAGACAAGGCUGAAGAUGCUCCUCUAUACCACAAUUUGGUCCAAACCGCUCUGAGCGAUAGUUUGGCCGCUCUUGAAGAGCCAAAGUGCACAGCCGCUGGGUCUGAUUCCGAUUCAAGUUCCAAGGAUUGGAGGCAGUACUGCCGACCAUUGUCUGCUCCCCCACGCCUCCCAAAUGCUCCUUUUGGUUCCAUUAUAUCUCAGAAAAAACGGGCUGCUUCCGAUUCUUACCUAAGCCGUGCUUGGCGGCUGGGCAUUGCUAAGGAUACGCACGCGCUAUCUUACUGA